UGCCCUAUUUCACGGUAUGAAUCCAAUAUUGUAGUUCCAGUGGUUUUGAUGGCAGAAGUUUUAUUACUGCUAUGUACUGAGUUGUGCCGUGAUCAUGAUUGUGUAGUGACAGUUUUUGUAAUAAGGAGAAAGCAAUAUGAAUGUCUUUUUUAAUAUCGUUUGUGUGGGUUUUAUUACUUUUGUGAACGCUGCCGGCGAUAUCAAUUAUGACACCGUUUUAACUAUAUUGAAGCAAGCAGGUAAUGGUGCGAAAAGGAAAACCAAUGUAUUAAACGCUGUUGAUAAGAAUGAGCCAGUGGAAACUCUGCCUGUUAUACCUGGUUUUUAUCUUCAGAAACCGAAAGAACUGUCAAGUUCCUUAUUUAGAAACCCUAGUGAAUGGCCAGACUCUUUAUUCAGCAAUUUAAAAAAUAAAAAUAACAGCCAAACUGAGGGAAAUGUAAAAAAGAAUAAUCCAAGGGAUGGUUAUUUAAAUGCGAAAAUUAUAAAAGCUGUCAAGAAUCUCAAUAAAUAUAGACAAAGUCAAAAAAUUGAUAACAACAAAUCGAACAAUAACGGUGAUAAAGUUGAAAACACUCCCGUGAAAGUAUUACUGGAGCAUGUGCUGAAUUCAUUGAAAAACGAAGAUACAGCAAAGAAACAACUUAAAGCUCAGAAGAAUAAAGAAAAGUUAGAAAAUGAUAAAAUACUGAAACAAAUUUUGACGGAGAUCAAAGACAACAACCGUUACGAAAAAAAAGAAAAACGUGAAAAAGUAAAGAAGACCUAUGAUGAUGACCACAAAAGAGCUAAACUGGAAACUUUAAUAAGAAUGCUUUUAAAAAUGGAAAAAACGAAUAGUGAAGAUGAAACAAGCACUGAAUCCACUAAAACGUCUGAAGAGAGAUCAUAUACAAAAGAACCUAGAAACGCUGAAAAUGUAUUAAAAGACAUAUUGAACGCGUUAAAUAAUGAAGAUAAUGACAAAAUAAUCGAAAAGUCUGAACCUGUUGUAGUAAUUCAAUCAGAUCCAUUAAAUGUUUUAAGAGCAAAUGCACUGGCUGAACAUAUAGCGUCAUUUCGAUAUGGUCUAUCGAAUAGUAAAGCUUUUCAUAAUAACGAUAAGCAAAAACGUCCAAGAGGUUACUUGGAGGCGCUCCAAGUGGACUACGAUAGCCACGACCCUGACUAUAAGUACACCAGAAGGUCCAAAAAAAGCAAGGAGAAGACAGACGGUAGUAGAGAAGAGUCAUCUGAAGAGGAAUUGGAAAAAAAUCCUGGCAAUCCAUUCACCAUCCAUAAGAAUAAAUACAAACAAAAUUGGCUAUAUAAUCAUUAUAUGGACGGUGAUCACAUGAAUAUAAAUCCAUUUGGUCCCCAAUUCGGAAGCCUAGGGCCUUCUGGUCCCGAGCUCUUCUUCGGAAGAAAGUGGUGGUAUUUCAAUCAGGACGACUACAAGCCGAUGGGUUAAUACAUUUUCGUGAAGAUUGUAACUUGAUGUAAUUUAUAUAGAUAAAAUAUUUAUUUGCAUACAA